AUGGCAGAGGUGUCCAGGCGGGCGGCAAGCAGCCUCCCCGAAGAGCUCCUCGUGGAGAUCCUGGCGCGGGUGCCCUACCGGUCCCUCUGCCGCUUCCGACCCUCUCCGGCUUCUUCUGCCCUCGACGACCUCCGCGAGGACAGCUUAUGCCACGCCCUCGACGACAAUUUGAGAGAGAGAUACGUUUCCUCAAUUUUCCGGCCGCUGGUCGAUCCGUCUCUCCCUUUCCUGCGGGUGCGGGGCGGCGGCUAUACCCAUGGCUUCAUACUCGUGGAUUGCUGUGGGGGACUCCUCCUCUGCGCGUGCUUCACUUCGCCCACCCAGUCCCGCCGACAAGUGGAUUAUCUGGUCUGCAAUCCGGCCACCGAGAAGUGGAGCGUCUUGCCUCGCACCGAGGGGCUGCACUCGGGGAACUUGCUCCGUCUGGGCCAUGACCCAGCUGAUCCCUCCCGCUUCACCGUCUUUGUGUUACUGCGGCAUCACGGCAAUGACGACCAACUAACUGGAGUUGAGAUCUACUCGUCCCAGACCAGAAGAUGGACUUCAAAGCAGAGUGGGUGGCCUCAAGAAACUAGUGUUGGUUUCUAUGAGGCAGCUGAUUCUGUCUUCCUGGAUGGCACUCUGCAUCUGCCCACCGACGGGUUUUCUUCUCUUUCGGCUCCUAAGGUUGUCACCGUGGACAUGGACGGCAAGACUUGGCAGGAAAUUCCUUUGCCAGGGAUGCAUCGGCCAGUCUCAAAGGCGCUUGCACGCUGUGAAGAUUGA